GCGCACACACACACACACACACACGCACAUGUUCUUGUCAGAGGAGGAGUGACAUCCACACAGGGUUACUUUUUGCUUCUCUCUGGGCUCCAGUGUGCUAACAGAGGUGAGGGUAACAUGGACCGAACUAAAAUCGCUCAUUCAUCUCCUUCCCCGCUGAAAAGGUAUUGGAGAGUGAUGAUUUGAGCCUGAGACGGAUAUCCAAAACCCGACAGCAUGAAGACUCUGAAUUUGUCCCACACCAACUUCAGCAGCAGUGGUGACGACGCCGGCCGCUCCUCUGGAAGCCCGUACUCAGCUGUGGAGAUCGUCCUCAUCGUCCUGGUGGCUGCAACUGUGAGUGUGAUCACUGUGAUCGGAAACAUCCUGGUCAUGCUCUCCAUAAAGGUAAACAGGAACCUGCAGACAGUCAACAACUACUUCCUGUUCAGCCUGGCCUGUGCAGACCUCAUUAUUGGCGUCUGCUCCAUGAACCUCUACACGGUCUAUAUAGUGAUCGGCUACUGGCCCCUGGGAGCCGUGGUGUGUGAUCUGUGGCUGGCUGUUGAUUAUGUCGUCAGCAACGCCUCCGUCAUGAACCUGCUCAUCAUUAGUUUCGACCGUUACUUCUGCGUCACCAAACCGCUCAGCUACCCGGCGCGCCGCAGCACCAAGAUGGCGGGUCUGAUGAUUGCGGCGGCCUGGGUCAUGUCCUUCAUUCUCUGGGCUCCCGCCAUUUUGUUUUGGCAGUUCGUUUCGGGCGGGAGGACCGUGCCGUUCGGCGAGUGCUACAUCCAGUUUUUCUCAAAUCCCGCGGUGACGUUCGGGACCGCCAUAGCGGCUUUUUACCUCCCAGUCGCCAUCAUGAUCUACCUGUACUGGCGCAUAUCCAAGGCGAGCCGCAGCCGCAUGAGGAAGAGCAGCAGAAAGAUCUCAGGCACCAGUCUGGGAGAGGGCCCCUCUCACAGCCAGGAUGAGGCGUGUGAGCGCCAGAACAACUGCAUCACAGGAAAGGAGGCUCAGCUGGAGGCUAAAGGCCAAAAGGAGAAGGAAAUGCUGCAGAAGCCAAAUGGAAAUGGGCCCCGUCAUGAGGAGAGGAACCGUGCGUCAACAACUAAGGACACCGAGGCCCCCGAUUCAUCAGGGAAAGAUCCUGAUUGUGGAGAAACUACAAAGCAAACACCUUCUUCAGAGAAAUCAGCUGACAGACAAAGUGUGCCAGCGAGGACACUGUUAAAGAUGACAAAGCAGGACGCUGUUGCAAAGUGGAAAAGGAAGGGCAUUUCUUCCAGGGAGAAAAAGGUGACGCGCACCAUCAUGGCCAUCCUGGUCGCUUUCGUUGCCACGUGGACGCCGUACAACGUGAUGGUCCUGAUCAACACCUUCUGUUCCGUCUGCAUCCCAAACUCCCUCUGGACCAUCGGCUACUGGCUCUGCUACAUCAACAGCACCAUCAACCCAGCCUGCUACGCCCUCUGCAACGCCACCUUCAAAAACACCUUCAAGCACCUGCUCCUGUGCCAGUACAAGAACAUACGUACGGCGCGAUAAGGGUCAGAACAGUGACCCGAGUUUGUGAUGUUCAAAAUAACGUGACGACUCACAGACGUCAAGCUAUAGAAUAGUUGUGUUCUUAUUAGUUUUCAGUGGAACCUUUUCUAAAUGUCACUGAGAAGGAGACUGUGCUUUGUAUUCUACACGUUUCAUGAUUUUUAAAUCCAUUGUGUUCUAAUUCAAUGCAUUCUUGUGAAAAUGUAGUUUUCAUUGUGAAGAAGUAGCUUGAUUGAGUGUCAGCUGAGGAUUUGCCAUGCAAGAUGUUUUCCACUUUGCUCCUGCUACACAAGCACACAAGUGCAGUAUUCUGUUUAAUAUGCAACCAUGUUGUACGCAGACAGUAAAAGUGUGGUUAAUGUGAGUGUUUUGUGACCAUAACAGUGAUUAUAAGAUGUAUAAAAAGUAAAAAUACGACAAGAAGUUGAUUUACUAUAGAGAAGGACACUUUAUUUUGAGAGUUUGUGUCAACGUGGAGCUGUGAAAUAGAAGAAAAUCAGCCCAACUGAAAAUGUGGGCUCUGUGAAACAUUUUCUUUCAAGCGAGUUGA